AUGAGUAUAAAUGUGGGGUGUAUUUCGGAUUUUGAUCAUUAGGAAAACAGUUCACGAAGGGGUAAAGAGCCCAGUCUCUAACGACAAGUAAGCCCACUCGCACACACAGCCAACAUGAGGGAAAUUGUUCACAUGCAAGCCGGUCAAUGCGGCAACCAGAUCGGAGCGAAGUUCUGGGAGGUAAUUUCUGACGAGCACGGUAUUGACCCCACCGGAACGUACCACGGAGACUCCGACCUUCAGCUCGAGAGAAUCAACGUCUACUACAAUGAGGCCACUGGUGGCAAAUACGUACCACGUGCUGUUCUUGUCGACCUCGAGCCGGGCACCAUGGACUCAGUCAGAUCCGGACCCUUUGGACAGAUCUUCCGACCAGACAACUUUGUGUUCGGCCAGAGCGGUGCAGGCAACAACUGGGCCAAGGGUCACUACACAGAGGGCGCUGAACUGAUCGACUCCGUCCUCGACGUCGUCCGCAAGGAGGCCGAGUCAUGUGACUGCAUCCAGGGGUUCCAGCUGACCCACUCUCUCGGCGGCGGCACCGGUGCCGGCAUGGGAACGUUGCUGAUCAGCAAGAUCCGUGAGGAGUACCCCGACAGAAUCAUGAACACAUUCUCCGUUGUACCGUCCCCAAAGGUAUCCGACACCGUCGUCGAGCCAUACAACGCCACCCUCUCAGUCCACCAGCUUGUUGAGAACACCGACGAGACCUACUGCAUCGACAACGAGGCCCUGUAUGACAUUUGCUUCAGGACCCUGAAACUCACCACCCCCACAUACGGAGACCUUAACCACCUCAUCUCUGCCACUAUGUCUGGCGUCACCACCUGUCUCCGAUUCCCAGGUCAGCUGAACGCUGAUCUCAGGAAGAUCGCCGUCAACAUGGUCCCGUUCCCUCGUCUGCACUUCUUCAUGCCCGGAUUUGCGCCCCUGACCUCCCGCGGCAGCCAGCAGUACCGCGCCCUCACCGUACCAGAGCUCACCCAGCAGAUCUUCGACGCCAAGAACAUGAUGGCCGCCUGCGACCCGCGCCACGGCCGCUACCUCACCGUCAGCGCACUCUUCCGUGGCCGCAUGUCCAUGAAAGAGGUCGAUGAGCAGAUGUUGAACGUCCAGAACAAGAACAGCAGCUACUUCGUCGAAUGGAUCCCCAACAACGUGAAAGUUGCCGUCUGCGACAUUCCACCACGUGGUCUCAAGAUGUCCGCCACCUUCAUCGGCAACACCACCGCCAUCCAAGAGCUCUUCAAGCGCGUCUCCGAGCAGUUCACCGCUAUGUUCCGUCGCAAGGCUUUCCUCCACUGGUACACCGGUGAAGGCAUGGAUGAGAUGGAGUUCACUGAGGCCGAGUCGAACAUGAACGACUUGGUGUCCGAGUACCAGCAGUACCAGGACGCCACCGCCGAGGAGGAGGGCGAGUUUGACGAAGAAGAGGCCGGAGAGGAGGAGGCUGCAUAAGCUGAUCAAGUGACCAUCGACCUCAUUAAUCACGUGAUCUCCUGCGUCAUCCCUCACGUGAUCAGCGUUCUUGUGUAUCACGUGAUAACCAACUCUAAAGAAAUCUCACGUGAUCGAACGAUAAUGACUGCAAUACCUCAUGCGAUCAUGCAUUUUAUCAGUCUUACACCUGCAGCGUUCAUCUAAUUCGAAAUUGUAAUGUUGUCAUCCGCUUUAUUCAACCUGACAUCGUGUCUUAUUUCAGAUUUAUUUAAACAAUACGUUCCUUUUGUUUAUUCCGUCCAGAUUUUCGUAUUAAAUCUUAUUUAAUAA